CAAAUUUCCUAAUAUAAUUCUUAUACUAUGAGGAGGGAAUAAAGGGCCAGAAAAUGAGAAAAUCCCUAUAGAGAAACCUGUGAAAGAUUCUUCUCAAAAGACAACAGAUCUGGAAGCAGGGCAAAAGGAAGAUAUGCCAAAGGCAACCCAGAAAGAAACUAAAGCAGAAAUGGCAUAUGAUUAUUAUGAAAUUGAGGAUGAGACUGAUCUAAUAUCUGAGGAUUUGGAUAGUGCACGUGUAAAUGAUGAUCAAGCUCCAUCAUCUCAAAAGAGUGAACAAUCAAGCCAAAGGAAAACAAGAUACAAAACAAUAGCAAGAAAAAACAAAAAUAAAACCCCUAUAGUGCCAAGUACAAGAGUUACAAGAAGCCAAGAUGUUUUGUUAGAUGAAUCUGCUAAUGAAGGCCAAAAGGAAGAAACUGCUGAUCCUGCUGAAGUAUCCACAAAAAAAGGUGUGCAAAGAAGAAUUUCUCCAAGGAAAUCUGCAGCACCUACUCCAAUAAAACAAAUGGCAGGUGCCCCUUCUGAAUAUGUUCAAGCACCUAUUAGAAAAAUGGCAGGUGCUCCUGCUGAAUAUGUUCAAGCACCUAUUAGAAAAAUGGUUGGUGCUCCUGCUGAGAAAGUUGUGGAACAACAAGGAAAAAAGGGUGGAAAAAAGAGACCUGCAGGACAAUUGCAGAAAACUUCUAAGGUUGCUGGCAAAAGAAAAGCAGCUGCCAAGAAAAAUGUUGGAAAAAGAAAAAAAAUUCAAGAAGUGCCAUAUGAUGAACCAUCUCAAGAUCCUUCUGACAGUGGUGAUGACAGUGAAGAAUCUGUCUAUAAAGUUGAAAAAGAACCUGUUAGUAAGGAAGAUGAUGAAUUGGAGGAUGAGGAGGAGGAGGUUGAAAUUAAGCCAAAGAAGAAAAAAGCAAAGAAGGAGGAGAAGGUGGUGAAGCCAAAGGCUGAGAAGAAGGUGCAAGAGUUGGUUGUGUAUAAGUUAGAAGGUGAAGAUAAGAAAAAAAAGAAAGCAAAAACUGAAAUAAUUGAGGCAGAUGAAGUUGAAGAAAUUGAUGAAGAACAGUUUCAAGAAGAGAAAGCAUCAACAAGAGGGGGCCAUGUGAAGUUGAUGCAAUGGAUAAAGCAAAUGAGUAAAGAAUAGAAAUUAGAGA